ACCCAGGAAAACAGUCUAAACUACACUGUCUAAAAAUAUUUAUUUUGAAGAAAUAUAAACUUUGUUGUUUUUUUUUUCUUUUUUUACAGGUAAGAGGGUGUUUCGGCUAAAGUGCGCUUAUGGGGGAAUGUAAUAUGGGUCGCUACGGGAAAAAAAAGGUUGCGAGUUUUAAAGCUUGCCCUAGUGCCCAACAUUGGCAAACAUGCAGAUAUACACACUGCUUGCUGUUUUUAUUCCAUUCCCCCAUAUGGGAGCCUCUGAAAAUCUCCGGCUGUAAUUGACCUUACGCACCAUCCCAGGUUGUGGUAUUUAGUGCCAUUACGCGCAUUCAUUCUGAUUUAUAUUCAGCUUUAUUUCUCAUUUUUCAUGGAAAGUUUGGUGAGAAGUUUAACCCGAAAUCUGUUUUUCUUUCUUUUUUAUGCAAAAUCUGCGGAUAUCUGAGAAAACAAACUCUGCACGUAGGAACACAAGGACGACUUUGCCCAAAUAGAUGUAACAAAAUAUUUACUUUGUGGUAUUUCGGAAGAAAGGGCUGUUUAGCCUGAGAAACCACAAAAUUAACGGCUCAGCUCCGCAAACCUUCAGACAUGUUUUCUCCAGUUUUCUGCUGCAUCUUUCAGUUCUUGGUGUUGAUUUUUUACAUUAAAUGUGGUUCGGUUAUCUUUGACAAUGUUUGUAUUUAUGUUUAUGAAAAAUAAUAAAAAUGACAUAAAAAGUUCUCUCCAUUUUGUUACUUUCGGAGACUUGGAGCAUCUGCAUUCAGCCAUUACUAAACCUGUAAUUAGGUAUAUAGUGUCUCAAACAUCGGCGCCGUAACCAGCCCACUCCCAGCUUUGAUUUCAGAUCUCCCUGGAAACAUUUCCCAAAUCCGCUGAUAAAAAAGUGGAGUUAUUGCUACUCCACAAUAACCGACGGAUUUGUGUAUCCAUCUAGUUUUGGUCUAAAAUAAAUUAGGCAAGGUUUUAUGAUUUGGGCAUCUCUGGACAAGAAAGGUGAGUUACUGAUAUAUAUUGGGUAUUGUUGGCUUUGCUGAACUGUGUGUGUUUGUGUGUGUAUUUGUGUAUAUGAGUCUGUGUGUGUUUAUGCUACUUAAACAUCAUACCUGUUCAUUUUUUACAUGAAAGCACCAAUGUAUUGAAUUAAUAGCUCUCAGUUCCCAUUUGUGUCUUUCAGGACCAGGCCUGUCCAAUAUAUUUUUUCCAUAAAAUGCAAUAUAUAAAACCUAAGCAUUAGUGCCAACUAAAUCAGGUCUGGUUCUUUCCCUUCAUGCUCACUAGCAAACCCAAUAGGAUUGAUAACCCCUAGUGGUAAAAUAAUCCCAUUAUAAUCACUUGUCAAAUUGUGUCUGAUCUCUAGUUGUGUUUAACUCCAUAUAUUUUUCCCUCUCGAUUAUUUAAUGAUUCUACUGUUUAUCUUAUUGUUACUUAAAUGUGUGCACAGAUCCAACCCCGAGUCCCCAUUACCCAAUACCUCGAUGUACUGAGCCUCUAAAGGGAGAUCCUGGAACCCCCGGGCCGCAAGGGCUGAAAGGAUAUCCUGGUAUCAAUGGGACAAAUGGGGCAAAAGGCGAUCCUGGUGAGAUGGGAGCACAAGGUCCAAAAGGAGAAAAAGGUGUAAACGGAACAAAUGGUGCCAGGAACUGCAAGGAGCUGCUGCAUCAGGGGGUGGUAAUGAGCGGUUGGUACACAAUAUACCCGGAUGGGAUGGCGCCCCUGCAGGUUCUGUGUGACAUGGACACUGAUGGGGGAGGUUGGAUAGUUUUCCAAAGACGCUAUGACGGCUCAGUAGACUUCUACCUUGGCUGGGAUUCCUACAAGAGGGGGUUUGGCAGCCGCCUGACUGAGUUCUGGUUGGGGAAUGACAAUCUCAGCAAUUUCACAUCAUCAGGAACAUGGGAAAUGAGAGUCGAUCUGAGAGACUUUGAUAACAUACAGCAUUACGCAAAAUACUCGUCUUUCAGGGUUUUACCAGAGUCGGACAAUUAUACACUAAUAAUCGGCCCAUAUGUUGCUGGUGAUGCAGGAGACUCCAUGAUUUAUUCCAACUACUCUAAAUUCACCACAAAGGACCGGGACAAUGAUAUGUAUGAAGGUAAAUGCGCUGACAUCGACCGCGGAGCCUGGUGGUACAAGAGAUGCUAUAAUGCCAACUUGAACGGAUUUUACCAUCUAGCGCAGAACUAUAAUAUAGAUAGCAUCUGCUGGCUCAGCUUAGGAAGCUAUUAUUCCUUCAAAUUCACUGAGAUGAAAAUGAGGCCAGCGUAAGGCUUCCGAUUCACAGCUGAUUUGGUGCUAUGUGGCAUAUUGUGCAAUUUGGCAACACAGGUAGAUGAUACCACAGCUUGUAUAUCAUAAUCCUGGUUAAUCAUUGACCAAUGCACAUACCAACUGGUCAUCAACCAAUCAGAAUUCAUGCAUUUGUGGUAGUCAGCUGUAGCACAAUAACUUUUGAGUGGGGUUGUUCAGAACACUCACACACAGAACAAUGGGUCAUCCAAACAGUUGGUGGCUGCAUGUGUGGCCAUCUUAAAACAGUUCAGUAUUCAGGGUCAGACUGGGGGGUGCAGGGCCCACCGGGCUCCUAUCCCAGGGGCCCUGCAUCAGUCGCACCCCCUAACCCAACCCAGAAUCCCCCCUAACCCCACGCAGGAUCCCCAUCCGUCGUCCUCCCCUGCACAUGCGUAAGUUUAACGCAUCAGGGGAGGACCGGUCGGCCGGGGGAGUGCCGGCAAGGGUCGGGGGCCACCAGGAUCUUUCCCAGUGUCCCGUCGGCCCAGUCCGACCCUGUCAGUAAUGCCAUGCCUGGUAAUUGUAUAAUUCAAAUGAAUUCAUAGACCCAUCUACUAAAAUACCCGAUCAUCACCGUAAGGCAAAUCCUGUUAAACACAUGCUCCUACCACUCUUGUAAAAUUUCUAUUAUAACUGGCUUUGGGUGCUGGCAGCUGUAGUGAAAAUGAGCUUUUGGGCUGAAAGAUGAAUGUCCUUGCCCUGGUGUAUAAGCAAUAAACUGAAUAACAACAAAACAGUGCAACACAAAACCGUAUGCAAAAGGACGACUGUGACAAUUCUGAACAACGUUGACUUCAUUCCAAAAUUCCAGAGUAAAGAUAGCUUGUCUCCUGAAUAUUUGAGUCCUUGUUAUUAGUCCCCAAAUGCUCUGACGAAGGGCGAAUUCUCCCCUAAAUUUCAUCGGAAGGGUGGAUUUGCCCAUCAAUACCUUGUCCUUCAAUAUCCUUCACAAAUCUAAGAAGAAUGAAGGCUUGUCUCCCAAAUAUAUGAUGAAGGGUGGCUUGUCCUUCAGAAAACCAGAGUAAGAAGAAAGGGAGGCGUGUCCUCCCAAAUGAUGAGGAUGAGUGACUUUCACCAUGAGUUCAUGAUGAAGGGUGUCUUCCCAAAGUCCCUUAGAAGGGUGGCUUCCCUUGUAAAAUCCUGAGGAAGGGGCUUGCCUCCCAUUAAAGUUAAUUUUGUGUUCAAAAGAGGGUUUGGAAUAACACUUUGUGCUUGUUUUCCAUGUCAUGUUUGUUCCUUUGUAUUCCUUCCAUUUGCUGUUCCAAAUAGCAGAGCAAGAUGUACCUUCCUUGGAAAAUGGUUGAUGGGUUGAUGGUUUCAGGGUCUUCUUCAUAUAACAUAUUUUAAACUGUGAGGUGUGUGAUUUUAAUGAAGUUUGAUAUCUCUGCAAUAUAUAAUUUUAAACAAUAUGCAAAAUUAAAGGGAAAGUAUACCAGCUUUUGGAAAACUGUUGCAAUAAAUAGGGCUUGAGCUGAACGCACUUUUUGCCUAUGUUUUGCCCAGUGAUAUCUAUGUGUUGUGUUAUUUCUUGCACUGAAUAGAACAACAUUUGAAAAUGAAACUAACAUUCUAUUUCCUGAUCCCAAAGAGCAAAGUCAAACAAAACAGCAGUCCACUUAGGCACCUCCUUAUGAAUAAACUCCUCCCUUUCCCAACUACAGACCACUAUCAUUUUACAUAUCAUUAUACAUAGCUUUAUCAGUGGACUGGGAGCUCCCAGUAUCCUGCUCAGCCUUUGAAGUGUUGGGUUAAAGCUUGACCAUUAAUGUUGUAAACUCUCACAGUCAGUCCUUUACUUCCACCGGAGUCAUUACUUCCCUUCACCUGUGUUUUUUAUGAUAUUCUGUAACCCUUGUGCUUGAUUUGCUCUGUUGUUGUUCCAUAUCCCUUUCUGUGAGCUGAUACUGAAAGAAUAAAUGCUGUGCCACAUCUGUA